AUGGUUGCUGAUAUAAAUCUUCGAAGGGAAGAUGAUGUCCAAGGCGAUGAUGGUCUAGGAUCUUGGAAGGAUCAUUUAGAUUUUGAGAAUAUCCCUAUGUCAAGGUGCAGUUCUACUACUAGUAUCACUUCUUUGACUAGUAUGCAAUCAAACGGGAGUUCGGUAUCUACUGCGUCUUCCUCUAGACCCAAAAAAUACCUUUGUGAAUAUGAUAAUUGUAAUAAAGCAUUUACUAGACCUUCAUUACUAUCAGAACAUCAAAUCACUUUCCAUCAAGGUAUUAAACCGUUCAAAUGUGAUCAGUGUGCUAAGUCAUAUGCUAGGAAAACUCAUUUAGAAAGACAUAUAAUAUCUAAUCACUCCCUGGAGAAACCUUUCCAUUGCCAGCAUUGUGGUAAAGGUGUGACAACGAGGCAACAAUUAAAACGUCAUGAAAUUACACAUACGAAAUCUUUCCAUUGCCCUUAUGAAAAUUGUCAAGAAAGUUUUUAUAAACAUCCUCAGUUAAGAUCACAUAUCUUAAGUUUUCAUUUAGAGAAAUUGAAAUGUAAAUAUUGUAAUAAAAAUUUCCAAAGACCCUAUAGAUUAGCUAAUCAUAUUAAGAAACAUCAUAAUCCAGAUACAGAAAAUCCAUACCAAUGUUCAGUUUCUAUUGAUUGUAAUUUAACUUUUAAAACUUGGACCAAAUAUCAAUUACAUAUUAAAAAUGAUCAUCCAAAAUUACGAUGUUCCAUUUGUAAUAAAUCCUGUGUGGGUGAAAAUGGGUUGAAAAUGCAUAUGAAUAUUCAUAAUGAAAGUUUAGUCAUUAAAAAUUGGAAAUGUCAAUUUUGUCCCAUCGAUAAAUUUAUUUCAUUCUCAAAGAAAACUGAUUUAUUGUCACAUUAUCAAAGUUGCCAUAAGGAUGAACAAAUCCCAAUAGAGUUGUUACAAAAUAAAGUACCUAUAAUGGCCGAUAGUUCCACAGUUGAAGAUAUUACAAUAAAGAAAGAACAUGAUGCUGUGACGACGAAAGAACAAAACAAAAAUGAAGAAACAAUAGCUGUGAGAAGAAUAACGAGAGCAAUGAGAAGGAAACAAAAUAAUCCAAUAGAAUCCAUAAGAUCAGAAAUUAAUUUAGAUAAAUAUAUUGAAAAUAACAAAGAGAGAGGUUCAAGUAUGAACUUGUUAUUGAACACUGUUGGUAGGAAGUAUAAAUGUACAUUUUACAAAUGUUAUAGAACUUUUAAAACAGAAGAUAAAUUCAAAAAACACAUUGAGAAACAUAAAAUACAUCAACUGAAAUUAAAAAUUUUAGAAGAGAAACAAGAGGAAGAAUCAAAGAAAUUGGAAGAGCCCAUUGAUCUUCCAGUUAAGACAGCCAAUACUAUUGAAUGA